CCGGAGGUUAUUGCCGGCAGCGACCAGGGUAAGGAACUAGACAGAAGCAAAGUCCGCGACUGAGCGGCCUCGCGUGGUCCCCAGCUUCAUUCCUUUCCCCAACGCAGGCCCCCACCUCCGUCAGAAUGACUCUGGACGUGGGACCGGAGGAUGAGCUGCCCGACUGGGCCGCGGCCAAGGAGUUUUACCAGAAGUACGACCCUAAGGACAUCAUUGGCAGAGGAGUAAGCUCUGUGGUCCGCCGUUGUGUUCAUCGAGCUACUGGCCAUGAGUUUGCUGUGAAAAUCAUGGAGGUGACAGCUGAGCGACUGAGUCCUGAGCAGUUGGAGGAGGUGCGAGAAGCUACACGGCGAGAGACACACAUUCUUCGCCAGGUCGCUGGCCACCCCCACAUCAUCACUCUCAUCGAUUCCUACGAGUCUUCUAGCUUCAUGUUCCUGGUGUUUGACCUGAUGCGGAAGGGAGAGCUGUUUGACUAUCUCACAGAGAAGGUGGCCCUCUCAGAAAAGGAAACAAGGUCCAUCAUGAGGUCUCUGCUGGAAGCAGUGAGCUUUCUCCAUGCCAACAACAUUGUGCACCGAGAUCUGAAGCCUGAGAAUAUUCUCCUAGAUGACAAUAUGCAGAUCCGACUUUCAGAUUUUGGGUUCUCCUGCCACUUGGAACCUGGCGAGAAGCUUCGAGAGUUGUGUGGGACCCCAGGAUAUCUAGCACCAGAGAUCCUUAAAUGCUCCAUGGAUGAAACCCACCCAGGCUAUGGCAAGGAGGUUGACCUCUGGGCCUGUGGGGUGAUCUUGUUCACACUUUUGGCUGGCUCACCACCAUUCUGGCACCGGCGUCAGAUCCUGAUGUUACGCAUGAUCAUGGAAGGCCAGUACCGGUUCAGUUCACCCGAGUGGGAUGACCGUUCAAAUACAGUAAAAGACCUGAUUUCGAGACUGCUGCAGGUGGAUCCUGAGGAGCGCCUGACAGCUGAGCAAGCGCUACAGCACCCCUUCUUUGAACGAUGUGAAGGCAGCCAAGCCUGGAACCUCACCCCUCGACAGCGGUUUCGGGUGGCAGUGUGGACAGUGUUGGCUGCUGGACGAGUGGCCUUAAGCAUCCAUAAUGCACGGCAGCUGACCAAGGGUGCACUGUUGAGGGAUCCCUACGCACUGCGGCCAGUGAGGCGCCUCAUUGACAGCUGUGCCUUCCGGCUGUAUGGGCACUGGGUAAAGAAGGGCGAGCAGCAGAACCGGGCAGCCCUCUUCCAGCACCGGCCCCCUGGACCUUUUCCCAUCAUGGGCCCUGAAGAGGAGGGGGACUCAGCUGCUAUCAUGGAGGAUGAGGCCAUGCUGGUAUUGGGUUAGCACAUUAGCCCCUGGGUAAUCCUAGAAAGCAGGACUCUCCAGGAGGAUUUUUAUUAUUCCAGCCCCUUUGAGCUCUGGCCUCAGGCCCUACUGCCUGGCCAAACCCACCACUGAUCAUACUGUCAUAAAGACCAGCCCUAUACACCUACCCCAACUGGCCAAGCCUUUUGAGAUCAGAGCUGCGGUGGAAAGGAGCCACUCAGAAUGUUGUGCCUGUCCUUGUUAGUACUGCCUGUGCUGUAUAUACAAUAAAAUCUACACCAGGGAGCGCCA